AUGUCCCUCAUUGCCCGUCGCGCUGCGCUGCGCGCGGUCCCGCGCACCAUCCCUGCCUCCCGCGGCUUUGCUGCUGCUGCUGGCAAGUCGUACCUUGAGCAGCAGGCGGCGACGACCGCUCACGCUGCCGAGACGACAGCCAUGUGGCGCAAGAUUAGCUACUUCGUUUGCUUCCCUGCCAUCGCUGCCUGCGCCCUCUGGGUAGGCCAAGUUGAGGCCGAACAUGAGGCUCACAAGCACCACCUGAUGGAGGAGAACGGUGGCAAGCUCCCGGAGCCUCCCGCGUACGAGUACUUGAACCGGCGUGCGAGCGGGCCCUUCCCCUGGGGCAUGAACAGCCUUUUCUAUAACUCUGCCGUCAACAAGGACAUGACCGCCGCGGCCGACGAGGAGUAG